AUGAGCAGCGCUGCGACUGCGACUUCCUCGGCCCCCCCGGCUAAACCGAAGGAAAAGAAAGCUGAAGCGUCGAACAUUGCUGUUCAGGCUGCUGGCCCAACGCCCCUCGUCAUGCAGCUGGUCGUCGAUCGCUCCCUCACGCAAGUCAGUCGGUCAGACGUAGACAAGGCGGCAUUCAGCAUGAGCUCUAUAGACUGACCUGCCAUUGUGCAUUGCCAACAUCUCUCCCUUUCUUUUGGGGCAGCCUGUCCAAGAUGGAGGUUGGCCCAGAGGCCCACUCAUGUCACAAGCUGCCCACGCAGCAGUCGCGGUGAGUUCGGCUCAGUAGCAGCAGCAGCUAGCGAGCGGAGAUCCCGUCAUGCGUCGAGGGUUUUGCUUGCUCGUUGGAUGGACGAUGCCCACAUUCGUCGCUUCGGCAAGCACAGCCAGCGCCUGUUCCCAUUUGCCCGCCCGCGUCGCUUCUCACAGUACACGUUCAAAGCUCUCCUCACUCUCCUCAUCCUCCUUCUUGCGCUUCACCAUCGGUCCUCUCACGAUGCUCCUCGAAUACAGGUCAUCUCAAGAUCGCUCGAUCAAUCCCCCACCCAGGCUUACAUCUCCAGUACGACGGGCGCCCUGGAAUCCAUGCACAAAAUCGUCCUAGUAACCUCGCCCAAGCAGACCAUCCGAGAACUGAGCAGCAAGCUGGAUGAAGCCAGGCAAGCCGCCGCUAAUGCUGCUUCCACCGCAGGCCAACAAGACACCGAGCAUUUUCCGCUGCAUCACUUGUGGAUCGAGCAGCCUGAAAACAUUCCCACAGUCCUGGCCAUCGCUCCCAAUCGCAAGCCCGCGGUGAGCAGCCUCCUGCAGCAGCAAGGACGACUACAUCUCGCUGACCGUCUCGAGUCUUUCGCAAUUGCCACUUGCCUCUCGAUCCCCUGCCUGCUCCUUCCAUCGACAGGCUCUCAAAAAGAUCCUGAACAAAUGUACACUGCUUCGCGAUUGACACCACCAACACUGAAAGCGCAAGCCGCUUCUCAUCGUUCUUCAUGAAGAAGCUGCUCAUAAAAAGGUCAUCGGAGAGCACUAGUAGCAAAAUCUUGCAUUUUGAGGAGGCCAAGAAAAGCGUCAAGACGGACGAGCUUGUGCUGAUAUGCGACGUGAAAGCGGAAACCAGAAGAAAGUGA